UUUUACGGUUUACAACUCAAAAACAUUCAGAAGUUCCUGCAUAUCAAUCACUCUGUUGAAAGAGAAAUGGCAUCUCAUAGGCAGAGCUACAGGGCUGGUGAAGCCAAGGGCCAAACUCAGGAAAAGACAAGCCAGAUGAUGGGCUCACUAGACGAGAAAGCCCAGGCAGUGAAGGACAAGACCUACGAGACGGCCCAGGCAGCCAAAGAGAGAACAAGGGGUGCAGCGCAAUCAACCAAAGACAAGAUCCAAGGGAAGGAAGAAGUUGCCAAGGAUAAAGCAGAUGUUGCAAAGGGUAAGGUCUGGCAGAGCAAGGAGGUGACCAAGCAGAAGGCCUCGGAAGAGGCCGGAAAAGCCCAAGAUACGGCGGAGGCCGGGAAGGACAAGUCUGGGGGGUUCCUCCAGCAGACUGGAGAGAGUGUGAAGAACAUGGCACAGAGUGCUGCUGAUGCUGUCAAAAGUACCUUUGGCAUGGCCAAGGAUGAAGAUGAAGACACUCCUUAUUAUAGGAAGGACAGGGACUAGUUUGAAGUGAUAUAUAUUGUUACUUUCUGCACUUUCAGCUGUUGUAUUUUAAGUUGCUUAUGUUGUCGUUGCCGGGCAAAGUUUUAGAAGUCCUGUGCUUUCCCUCUCUGUGAGAUAGAUGGGAAUGUGCCUUUGGUUUUUAAGUGUCAUAGGAGUGGAAUUGUAAUUUUCAGUCAUAUAUGAAAUGCAAUCCGCUGAACUACAUUUCAU